CUCACAUGUACAAGUAAGAAACACCAGUUAUCAAUAACAGACCCAUAAUAGACACAGAUAUAUUUCUUUUUUUUUUCUUUUUUUUUUUUUUUUCCCUCUUCCCAAGUGAAGGAAAUAAGAGAGUUUCAUGAUCACUUUUUUCCUAUUCCCUUCACUCCUAUAGAAGAUAAAAGUUCUUUAGGAGGGAAGGGAAAUGGAGGGAGAGAAGAAGAAUCUACAACAUUAUGGAGCUUCAAAAUUCCUCACUUUUGGGCAAUGGAGUACUAUUCUUCUUCUUCUUCUUCUCUAUAUCUUCACCAUUUUCACCACCGCUAGAGCUUUUGAUUACGUGGACGCUCUCUCAAAGAGUCUUCUUUACUUUGAAUCACAGCGUUCUGGUCGAUUACCAUACAAUCAAAGGGUCACUUGGCGUGACCAUUCCGGUCUCACUGAUGGUCUAGAACAAGGAGUGGAUUUGGUUGGAGGAUACUACGAUGCCGGUGACCAUGUAAAAUUUGGUCUACCAAUGGCUUUUACAAUGACAAUGCUUUCAUGGGGUGUAAUUGAAUUCCGGCAACAGAUUUCUGCCGCCGGCGAAUUAGAGCAUGCCAUGGAAGCAAUCAAAUGGGGUACAGAUUAUUUCAUCAAAGCUCACACCAGCCCAAAUGUGUUAUGGGCAGAGGUGGGUGAUGGUGACACCGACCAUUAUUGUUGGCAGCGACCGGAGGACAUGACCACUUCAAGACAAGCUUACAAGAUUGAUGAGAACAAUCCAGGGUCGGAUCUCGCCGGAGAAACCGCCGCCGCCAUGGCUGCCGCUUCCAUAGUGUUCAAGACAACGAACCCACAUUACUCUCAUCUACUCCUACACCAUGCCCAACAGUUGUUUGAAUUUGGGGACAAAUAUAAGGGAAAAUAUGAUGGGAGUGUUGGCGUAGUAAAGAGCUACUAUGCGUCGGUGAGUGGAUACAUGGAUGAGUUGUUGUGGGCAGCUUUGUGGCUGUACAAAGCCACCGACAAUGAAGAGUAUUUCAAGUACGUCAUAAACAAAGCUCAUAGCUUUGGUGGAACCGGCUGGGCCAUGACGGAGUUCAGUUGGGACGUUAAGUAUGCUGGUCUUCAACUCAUGGCCUCCAAGUUGUUGGUGGAAGAAAAACAUCAGGAGCAUGCUCAAAUACUUGAACAAUAUCGUUCAAAAGCUGAGUACUACAUCUGCUCAUGCCUUAACAAGAACAAUGGCAGCAAUAAUGUGGAACGUACUGCGGCAGGGCUUUUAUAUAUCCGGCAAUGGAACAACAUGCAAUAUGUUUCAACCUCCGCGUUCCUUCUCACACUCUAUUCUGAUUUCCUCAAAAGCUCAAACCAAAAGCUAAUAACCUGCCAUGGAGGAACUGUGAGUCAUGAGGAAAUCUUCAGUUUUGCUAAAUCACAAGUUGAUUACAUUUUAGGCUCUAACCCACUAAACAUGAGUUACUUAGUGGGCUAUGGUUCAAAUUAUCCCAAAAGGGUGCACCAUAGAGGAGCCUCAAUUGUUUCAUAUAGAGAGAAUAAGGGGUUUAUAGGUUGCACCCAAGGCUAUGAUAAUUGGUAUGGCAGGGAUGAAGCUAACCCUAAUGUUCUAGUGGGAGCUUUGGUUGGAGGACCAGAUUCUCAAGAUGAUUUUAUGGACCAAAGGGAUAAUUAUAUGCAAACUGAGGCAUGCACUUAUAAUACAGCACCUUUGAUAGGACUUUUUGCUAAAUUGUUAGAAUUGGAGGGCCAAAAGUUAGAAGAGAACCAUAAAUCUCUUUUGGUUGCUUCUUUUUGAGAAAACGGGUGUUUAUAUCUUUGUAAGCAUUUUUCUAUUGGUGGCUGAAACAAGUUGUAGCCCCUCCCCCUAUAUAUGUAUUUUUUAUUGUUUUAUGUGUUCAUAAUAUAUAUAGUAAAGUAUAAAGCUCAAAAUUUGUUGCUUUAUUCUUUAUCCUUUA